AUGAGGGAAAAGGAUGCGGAGAUGGACGAGGUAGGGAAGGGAUCAAGAGAGGAAGAAGAGGAGGAAAAGCCUAAGGAGGAAAGCAGGGAAGAACCCAAGGGAGAAGAGGAGACAGAAGAAGAACAGUGCGAAAGAAGAAAGUGGAGAGAAGAAAGAAAGCAAGGGAAAGAAGAGGAGGAAAGAUGGGCAGAGAGUUGGGAAAGAAGAAUGGAAAGGGAGAGGAAGGAAAGAAGAAGUAGGAGCAUAAUAUGGAAAAACGUAGGAGGAGAGGAAAAAGAAGAAAGGGGCAGAAGGGUUAAAAUAAUGUUGCAAAUGGAGCUGGGGAAAAAGGUGGAGAUAAGGAAGCUGACGGAGAUGGCAGGAGAAGGAGGAAGGAAAAUUAUCCUGACGGAAUUGGAGGAGGAAGAAGAUUGUAGGAAGGUGAUAGGAAAGAAAAAUGCAAUAUGGGAGUUAUGGAGAGUAAGUGUGCAAGAAGAUUUGUUGAGAGAGGAAAGGAGAAUGAGAUAG